AACAAAAACCCCUUUUUAAUUUUUGCUUUCUUCAUUCUAUAGUACAUAAUUUAAAGUUUUAUUCAAAUCAAUUACAUCUAUGCAAAUAAAUUUAAAUCUAGAAAUAAAUUGUGUUGUUAACCCCUACGAAAAAAAAUACAAAAAUGAAAAAAAAUCAAAACGAAAAUUUUAAGUAAAACUAAACAUAAUAUAAAUAACAAAGAGGAAAUACUGCAAUAAAUUUUGAUUCUACAAUUAAAAUUCCCACACGACGACCAAAACAAAAAUAAUAAGCACAUUUGGCAUACAGAACUGAAAGAAAUCGUUUUCGCAGCAGGAGCAAAAUAAAAGCAGACGCCAAACUCGCCUUUAACCAACCGCCCUUCCAAAUUUUUAAAAGAGUGAUUGCAGUGGGUGUACUUUCUCCGAUCACUUUCUCUAGAUCGAUUCUACCUAGAGGUGCCCCCUGAUCAAAAAUGGCACUUCUAGUUAAAUGUUGAUCGGUGGUUCAAUGCGGGAGAUUCUGGACAGGUUUAGAUCAAUCCAACGCAGCAAUAGUCAAGUCCAAUCCCAUUAGGAGUGUUUAGUCAGAACUACACUUGAACUGUACAAAAUCAGAGAUGGAAAAUGCAAAACUAGUAACAAACUUCAAUAUAAUUUUAAAUGAAAGGCAAGAUAAACCCAUUGUACAGGCCAGAAAUAUUAGGAGAAAUUAGGGAUGUGAAAACAAUACUGCAAUUAUACACAACAAGAACAGCAAAUUGUCAUUUUAAUUUUAAUUUCCCCCACAAUAAUAAAGGCAACACUUUACAUAUACGUAUAUCAUAAUUUAAUUCAUUAAAAACUUUAAAAUUAAUUAGUAAAAUUGUAUGCAUACACAAACACACAAAAAGAAGAAUUUUAAGAUAUGACGAACAAGUUUACCACAGUUUAAAAACGUUUUAGAGCUGUUUUCCUAACUUUAAACGAAAAGAAGUUAAAAAUCAAAAAAAAAAAAAUACAGUUUGAAUUGAUAUAAAUAAAACCCAUUUCUAUAUUUUUUGCAUAGUUGUAGUUUUCGUUUACAAUAAUUUACAAUGCUUUAGUGUGCUUUUAGUUGCAAUUGUGUUUAUAUGUUUAACGAAAGAGCGAAAGAGUAAAGUGAAAAGGCAAAUAAUAAUUAUAUCUAAGCGUAAUAAACUUUUAUUAUUAUUAACCAACGUUUAUUCUAGUAGUUCUUUAUUAUAUUACCAUAAUAAUUAUUAUUUUGUUGUGUGCACCUCUUAGUCACUUUUGCGCUUAUAAGCUAAUCAAACAACACACAAUCACUUCAAUACCAAUAACGAUCCCCGAAAUUCCUCUAUCCGCCAAACUCUAUAUUUGUGUUGAAUCUUUUUGCAAUUGCUAGCCGAAUUUGAUGAUUGUUUGACUCUUACUUUGGAUAUGUGAAGUGUUUUGUUAACGACAGGAGCAGAGACGGAACGAAAUUAGUUGACUUAAGCGUGUAUGAAUGGGAUUUAAUGAACUUGAAUAUAUGAAUGCAACCAAAUCCAAUAUCUAAAACUUAAUGCGUAUAUAAAUAUUGUACUAAUGUGUAAUUGUAAUUAAAAGCGUCGGAUGAAGAAUAUCUGCAGCCAGAUCAGAUGGGUCGAGAAACAGUGAACAUAUAAGUAACACAGAAACGGUAAAGCUAGAAAAUCUAAAUAGAAAUAGAUAUAUACAUAUACCUAUACAUGAGCCUCAGAUCCGGGCGUAUAUAAGAGCAACAACUAUUUUAAUUAACCUUAAACAAAUGCAUAAACAAAUACAAUAAAAUAGAAGAUACAGCAACAAGAGCAACCACAACAAAUUUGAGAUGAGAUAAUCCAAAAAAAAAACAAUAUAACUUCAAAAUUUAUAUAGCUAACUGGAUAAUGUUCAAUAAAAGGCGAUUAUAUAAUUUUUAAAAAACAAUUGCAUGUUUUAUUUUUUGAAAUUUGUUUGGAUAUAUAUUUCGAGAGAUAUUCUUUUCAACUUUUCGAAAUCCAUUGGGGAACCCAAGCCAAGCCAAGGUGCUAAGUAGUUUAGAAACGAUGAAGAGGGAAAAACAACGCAUAAAUAAAAUAUUUGAAUAUUUAUUUAUAAUGGCCAAUUGAGAAUGAUCGUGUGGCUCUGGGACUUGUUUCAAAAUGGUUCGUUCGCUCUUCAUGCAAUAGAUAUUAACCUAACUAAAGUCACAGCAAGUGUUCAAAAGUAAAACUCAGUAACUACCUAAACUCAGCAAAUAAAUAAUAUAAUACAUUUUUGUGUGCUUAUUUCGUUAUAAUAAUUUUUAAACAAAAAAUAACACCGUUAAUCAAUUCAUAUAAAAAACAAGAAAAAGGUUUUGAUCAGUCGAUAUAUAAAGCUGCUAAAGUCUCAAACAAAAAAUACAUAGGAAACCCAAACAGACAAAGAGAUGAAAAGCAACAAACAUUUACAAUAUUUAAAAGAUUCUUCGCGAAUGGUAUAAUAAUGAAUGCUUAGAUCUAAGGCAAAUCGAAAGGAAAAAAUAUAUAUAUAUACGAGAUAUAACAGUUAAAUGAAUGAUGCAGCAAUGUCGUAUAAAUAACAGAAACAUAUAUCUUAAGUAUGAUGAGUAUAUAUAUAGACUAUAUGUACACAAACAUAUGUAUAUCUGAUAAAUGAGAAAUCGCUAAAACUGAUAAAAUUAAACCUAAGUAAAAUUAAAAAGAGAAAUACAAAACACGGAAAGAAAUGGAACUAAUAAAGAGAAUUAUUCUGAGAAAUAUAUAGAAACAUUUUUUAUUAUUAUACAAGGGGUUAGAUAGGGAUAGAUACAACUGUCUAAAAUCACUUAAAAUAUCCGUUUAGUGACUAUGGUGUUGUUAUUACUUAGUAUUUCUUGCACUGAUCACCUGCUUUUAUUUAGCAUUAACAAAUGUACUUUAAUUCUUUGUCAUGGGAGCUAAUGAAAGUGGUCAACAAAAUCUUCUUAGUGCAAUCUCUGAUUGUGCGCAAUAAAAAAAUAUAUUUUCUUGAUAAGACUGGGUUGUGGCGAUAAAGCAAAGCAACUGUAAACGAAUAUCUGUGCUUGGGGAACUUCAGCUCCACAAGAUCAGUUCUCCACUGGCAUUCACAGCGUUCGGUCGUCACCAAGUCUAAAAAUACCCACAAAAAAAAGAAACAAAAAAUUAACUCAAAGUGUGACCUACAUUGUAAGCUGUGAAUAUGUCAACCGUACAAACUGUUCUGGGCACCAUCACACCCAACCUGUUGGGGCGAACUUUGACCCACGAGCAUGUGGCUCUCGAUUUCGAGCAUUUUUACCGACCACCGCCGCCGGAUUUCGAGAGUGAGCUGAAGGCCAAGAUCAGCAUGUCCACCCUGGGAUAUGUCCGCCUGUAUCCGUAUUCCAGCAAGGAGAAUGUCCGCUUCUACGAUGGAGAAGCUCUGGAGGCGGCCAAAAAGGAUGUACUCCUCUACAAAAAACACGGCGGUGGCAGUAUUGUCGAAAACAGUAGCUAUGGCCUGAAGCGCAACUUGGAGUUUAUUGUGGAGCUGGCCAAGAGCACCGGUGUUCACUUCAUUGCCGGCACAGGCCACUACAUCCAUGCCAUGCAGGAUGCCAGUCAUGCCAGCUUAACCGUGGAGCAGAUGAGUGAUCUCUACUCCAAGGACAUCAUCACUGGUCUACAGGUCAAUGGACAGGCGGUCAAGUGCGGAUUCAUAGGCGAGGUGGCCAGUGUCUAUCCCAUUCAUGAUUUUGAGAAAAAAUCAAUUAAGGCAGCAGGUGAGAUCCAGGAAGUCCUGGGCUGUGGUGUUUCCAUGCAUCCGCAUCGUGUGACCAAAGCUCCGUUUGAGAUAAUGCGCCUUUAUUUGGAGGCGGGUGGGCGUGCCGACAAGUGCGUGAUGUCCCAUUUGGAUCGCACUAUUUUCGACAUUGAUGAGCUGCUGGAGUUCGCCAAACUAGGCUGCUAUAUACAAUACGAUCUCUUUGGAACCGAGUGCUCCUUCUAUCAGCUAAACACCAGUGUGGACAUGAUCUCCGAUGGCCAACGUAUCGACAACUUGAUAAAGCUCAUUAAAGAGGGUUUGGUGGACAAGCUGCUCAUGUCCCACGACAUCCAUACAAAACAUCGAUUGACUUCCUAUGGCGGUCAUGGCUAUCACCACAUCCACACCAACAUCCUGCCGCGAAUGUUCGAUCGCGGAGUUACUUUGGAGCAAGUGGAGCAAAUGACGGUCACCAAUCCGGCCAACUGGUUGGCCUUUGACCCCUAGAGGCGUGUUGUUGUUUUGCCUAGCAUCAUCUUAUUCCCCUGCUGAUAAGAUUAAGUUUGUUAUUUUGGCAGUAAUAAAUGGGCGUGUCUUCGAAUUGAAGCUUAUCAAUUUGAGAUUAUUACUAAAAACAAGAAAGGAGGGGCUCGUGCGAGAUGCAAUUAGAAAGUAAUCACACAAAUAUUAGGCCAGCAUGAAAGUUGACCAUACAUGUAUGUUUCAAAAUAAAUUUUAUAAAGAAUUGUUAAGGAA